AAAAAAAAACAAAAAAUUCUUGCAAGCUCUGAGUACUUGAGGGUUUAAAGAAGCAGUUGCCCGGGUGUGUUAGGGUUUUGAAUUUUAGCGAUGGCUUUCUGGGGAACCGAAGUGAAACCUGGAAAGCCCUUCACACACAAUCCUGAUAGUGCAAGAGAAAGGCUCCAUAUUUCACAGGCAACAUUGGGGAAUUAUGGCAAUGCCUCCGCAAAGAAGAAGAGUGUGGUACAGUGUAAUAUAGGGAACAAGAGUCCUGUUUUUCUAUGUUCUUUGUUUCCUGAACAAUCGGAGUCCUGCCAAUUGAAUUUAGAGUUCGACGAGUCUGUUGAUGUCGUUUUCUCUGUUAUUGGUCCCCGGAGCGUUCACCUCACCGGUUACUAUCUACGCUCCUCUGCCCAUUGCAGCCACCAUGAUGAUGAUCACUCAGAAUCGUAUGGAGAAGAUAUUGCAGACACAGAAACGGAAAGAUCAGCUGGUGAUGAAGAUGAAGAUGAAGACGAGUAUGAGGAUAGUUUUAUUGAUGAUGAUGAUCCACUACUCGUUACACCUUCUCCUGUUUCCAGUGAUGGAGAGGCUGCAGAAGCGUUGCGCAAAAAUAAACCUAAGAAUAAGAAGGCCAGCUAUAGAAGACUUAGGAAGAAAUACCAAAUUCAAUCUGAUGAAGAAAACACUUCUCAACAGCAUGAUUUUGCUAAUGGUGGCACUUCUGUAGAAGUAUUGGACAGUGAAAGUGAAGACAAGCUUACUAUUUCAUCCCUAUGUAAAUCUGCUGCAAGGAAUGCAAAACCAAAAGCAGAAGAAAAUGCUAAAAAUGAAACUAGUCAGAUAGUGAACAAGGAGGCGGAAAAUGGUGGCAAUGGAUCCAUAAAUGCAGAAGAAAAUGCGGAUACUAUUGUAGGUAGUCAGGUGAUGAGGCAGCCUGAUCAGCAUGACUCUAUUCAGCAUUCUGCUGAAGUGGACUUUGACAAUGGCUCAAAGCCAAACAAGAAAAAGAAAAAGCAGUCCGAAAAGGAGAAAGUGCUUGAAGUUGGAUUAGAAGAUGGCGCAGUCCUUAAAUGGGCUAAGCCCAAGCAAAAUGAGAGAAAAGUUGAUCAAUCAAGUCAAGCUAUUGAUGUAAAAAAUGAAGAAGACCCAAGGAAUGGAACUUACAUACAACCUGAUCAGCCUGAGUCUCUCCUGGCUUCUACUGAAGUGGGCUUCGAGAGAAAUGCAAAGUCUAGAAAGAAAAAGAAAACACACUCCAAAGAGGAGAAAGAGCUUAAAACUGAAAUAGAAGACGAUUCGGUCAUUAAAUUGGAUGAGGUCAAGCAAAGUGAGACAGAAGUCAAUCAAUGGAGUCAAGAUAUUUAUGCGAAAAAUGAAGAAGACCAGAGGACUGCACAUUAUAAACAGCCUAAUCAGCCUGAUUAUCUCCUGCGCUCUACUGAAGUGGGCUUGGAGAGUAGUGGAAAGCCUAAAAAGAAAAAGAAAAUGCAACCCAAAGAGGAGAAAGAGCUUAAAGCUGGAAUAGGAGAUGCUUCAGUCCUUAAACAGGAUCAGGCUAAGCAAAGUGAGACAAAACACGAUCAAUCAAGUCAAGACCUUUAUGCAAAAAUUGAAGGAGACCAGAGGAAUGCAAAUUAUAAGCAGCCUGAUCAGCAUGAGUCUCCCCUGAAUUCUAGUGAAGUGGGCUUAGAUAGUAGUGCAAAGCCUAAGAAGAAGAAAAAGCAGUCCAAAGAGGAGAAAGAGGCUAAAGCUGGAAUAGGAGAUAAUUCAGUCCUUGAACUCGAGUCAAAAGCUGAUCAGUCAAGUCAAGAUAUCCCUGUGAAAAAUGAAGAGGAGCAGAAGACUGGAAAUGACAAGAAUAUCGUCUUGUCAAUGCCAUUGGAUUCACAGAUGCUUUCGACUCAGUUGGGCCUUGAAAAUUAUUCAAAGCUAAAGAGGAAAAGAAAAAGAUCUGCUGAAGAUAAAACUAUUGAAGCUGACGGUGGCAUCAAUGCAAAUGACAUAAAAAAGGAUAAGGUCAAUCAAGAUGAGUUUAAGUCCGAUGGCCUUGAAGGUGAUGGCACUUUGCAAGAUGAGCAAAAUCGCAGCAAUCUUGAACAGUCUGUUAAUGAUAAUCACUCUCGGAAGAGAAAGAAGAAGAAGAAGAAAAUUAGUCAGACUCAGGAGAAUGGGGAGGCUUUAGAUAUGGAAGAAUCAAAGGACAAAUCUCAUAUUGGCAUCGAGGACAACAACACUCAAACGGAAAAGCCCUUUACUUAAAGGUGGGAGAAAGCUUUUGAGCGGCCUGGAAUGCUGGCCUUGAUGGUAUCAUCUGAAACAGUUUUCUUUUUUACCCUUUUUGCUUUCAUUAGCUAACUGAAUAUCCCCAUUGUGCUUCUGCUGCUAUUUCGGGAGUGUUUUGAAAUGAUAAUUUUACAUAUGUUGAUUCUCGUAAAGAAGACUAGUUCCGCUGCCAUGGGCUUUACGAAAGAAUCUCUGUAAGUAAACCACUCGAAACACACACACACAGACUGUCACUAGUAUUUCUCUCUUUAAGCUCCUUAUCUCACUGUGUAUGCUUCAAUUACUUCCAUAUAAUGUCUGUAGCAGCAGGAUUGAUGAGAUGCUACAGAAUGCCACCAGAACCUUCGCUUGUAUGUGACAUCAGGUUGCUCGAUUUCAUCAACAAUUUGCAUGCGGAAUGAGGUAAAAUGCUCUUUUGUUUCCGCCCCAUCCGUCGGAUGCAGCUCGAGUAUUUUGUAUUUUUUGCCCCCUAAAAAAUUUGGGAGUAAGCAGGCAAGAGGUGAUGGCUUUUUUUUUUUUUUUUUGGCCAAAGGGUUAUUUUUUGUAUUCUAUUUUCUUGUGUAGCUAUGAACUUGAAAGAUAAUAGAGUACCAAUUUUUGGAUA